AUGGAGGUUGACACUCAACCACAGAUUACAAAAGCAGAGAAAAAAUCGUCUGAAAGACAAAAGAAACUUCUUGCUCUCAACGCAGAGGAUCAAGGAGAAUAUGCUAAGAAAGUCAAGAAGUUACGAAAAUCGGGCGUCAAUAAACAGAAAAAGGUCGAACCAGGAGUUCUCUACGUCGGCCAUCUACCAGCUCAAUUCUCGGAGCCUUCCUUGAGAAAAUACUUUGAGCAAUUCGGACGUAUCAUUCGACUCAGACUUUCCAGAUCGAAAAAAACAGGGAAAAGCAAGGGUUACGCAUUUUUGGAAUACGAUGAUGCCAAAAAUGCACGAAUCGCCGCCAAGACCAUGGACAAAUACCUCUUUCAUGAGCGACUCCUGGUCUGCAAGGUGAUGGACAAGACGAAAAUCCACGAGCAUUUGUGGAAAGGAGCAAAUAAGAAGUUCCAGCCUGGCUUGUGCCACCGAGCCAAUCGAGCGAGACUCUAUGGAGAAAAGUCCGAAGCUCAGUUGAAACGAGCGGCGAGACAGCGAAACAAAAAGGACGAUGCGUUAUUGGCAGCGUUGAAAGAAGUCGGCAUCACAGAUAUCAAGCUCCCAACUGGCGAGCCAGAACCCGUCAAAGUGCCAGAGAGUCCAGUCAAGCCACCAAAGGAUGAACCUGUUGUCGAAGCGACUCCAGUGAAGAGAGGAAGAAAGAAAGCACCAGCCGCGACGCCGAAGAGCACAAGAAAGACACGAAAGAGACAGUUCCCUGAAGCCAAUCCCUGA